AUGAAAGUCCUCCAAGCCCUGACACACUCGCAGUGUCGACAACAAAGCCACUUUGGUACCAAACAGGCCGGUUGGCCCGACUCGGCGGCCACUCGACUCUCGGACCCACUGGCCCCAGUUCCAGUUUCACGUUCCGCGGACGGCCUCCGCGGCGGUUCGAGUCGCCUGCGCCGCCUGCUCACCUUUCGCAAACUCGGCCGGGCAGUGGCAGUCCGAGCCGGCCGGACU